AUUCAGGAGUUAAUGAUAAAUAACGAUAAAUAUGGCAAAUUACCUAAUUUAUUGGGAACGUAAUGAAAAUCAACAGAUACAUGUAACGACACAUACAGUAAAGAGAUCAAUUUAAAAAAAAAAAAAUGUUGUUCACCUCCGGUACGACAGGGGGCACAACCGAUGUUUUUGUGAGCCCAAUAUGGCCAAACGAUUUCCUCCGUCAUUUAAAUGCCUCCUAUCCUGUCUUCCGGUCCCGUGCUCCAAAUCCGAUCCUGGAUCGGCAUCAGUAAAUACUAUCUUUCUCAGGUGUAGCGGGCGAGUUCAAGCGCGCUGAUCCUACAUCAGCGCACUAUAUGCGAACGUCGUCCAAGCAACAGUACGCGGUAUCAGCCUCGCUACGCCGACAGCAAUGACCCGCCACGGGAAGAACUGCACGGCGGGCGCUGUGUACACCUACCACGAGAAGCGAAAGGACACGUCCGCCUCCGGUUACGGCACUCAGAGGGUCCGCCUGGGGAAAGACGCCAUCAAGGACUUCGACUGCUGCUGCCUCUCUCUGCAGCCCUGCAGGGACCCCGUGGUCACUCCUGAUGGCUACUUAUAUGAAAGGGAGGCAAUCCUCGAGUACAUCCUUCACCAAAAAACGGAGAUUGCGAAGAAAAUGAAGGCCUAUGAGAAACAGAAGCAGGCGCUGAAGUCUGAGCGCCUGCUGGAGUCGCGCUCGGAGCAGAGGGACAAGAUAGAGAAGUUCAAGACCAAGGAGAACAGCAUCGUCUCCAAGCCCAUCAACCCUUUUACUGCAGCGCUAUUCAAGGACUCCCUGAGUCCGAACGGCUCCGCCACCUCUACGGACGGCUCCGACGACGGCGCCCCUUCGUCCAGCUCCGGCUCCGCCUCCAGUGCCAAGCUUCCCAGUUUUUGGAUUCCCAGCCUCACGCCAGAAGCCAAGCCCAGCGUGCUGAAGAAGCCGGCGAAGACUGUGCUGUGCCCCAUGUCGGGUCGACCGCUGAAGCUCAACGACCUGGUCUCCGUGCGCUUUACUCCGCUGGACUCCAGUCUGGACAGAGUUGCCCUGCUCACACGGCAGGACAGGUACGUCUGCGCAGUAACCAAAGACACGCUUGGGAACUCGGUGCCCUGCGCUGUGCUCAGGCCUUCCGGGGCUGUGGUGACGAUGGAGUGCGUGGAGAAGCUGAUAAAGAAGGACAUGGUCGAUCCAGUGAGUGGGGAGGAGCUGACGGAGAAGGACGUCAUCCAGCUGCAGAGGGGAGGAACUGGAUUUGCAGGGUCUGGAAUUGAACUCGAAGCCAGAGAGUCUCGUCCUGUGAUGCAGGCGUGAAAAAGGCUAAACGCAGCAAAAAGAGGAUAAGUGGAGAUGUUGGUAUGGAAACUGCUUCCUUUGUACACAUUUUUGUAUUUUUCUGAGCUGAUUAGGGAGAUGGAGGUGAAGUGUAAAACUAUUCUGCUAUAAGGAAGGGGGGGGGGGGUUAAAAGCACGUGGAGCUACAGCUGUUUAUUUGUGCUGUUCUUAAAAAUACAAAUAGGAGCAAAUUCCCUGGAAUGGAUUGCUGGAUGAACAUACAUUCUGUGUGUUGUUUACUUUUUCUGUAUUUGUUUAUGAAAACUUCAUUAUUUUAAUAAAGGUUAGAGCUGACUGCAGUGCCCCCCCCAUGUUUUGCAUAUAACAUUUACUAAACACCAGAGAGAUUUUGUUUGUGCUGAUAUAUUUACAUUUAUCAAUUUUACGUUCACAUUUUUAAGUUGUGUAACUGUACUGGGCUCCCUCUGUGUGAGAAUAGAUGAAUCCUGCUCACCUUCCUACAAAAUUUAAAAAUAAAAAAAAGGUACACAAACAUUAACGUACAAUACAGGAGUAGGUCUGUAAAGGCUUGUCUGGGCAUGAUGAUAAAGUUACGGUGCAUGAACAUUUGCACCAUACAUGAGCUGGAGAGAUCUUGGGUGAAG